AUGUCAUGGAACCAAUACGACAACGUCACGACCAUCAACUGCGUCUACCCCAUCUCCGGGGCGUACGGGUUGCUCCCGCGGGUUCUGUACUACCUGACGCUCGUCGCGGCCAUCUUCGGGCGCAGCCGCGAAUGGCUCGUCAUCGGCGCCCUGGUCAGCGCGCUCACGUACGCGGGCACGAGUUCGGUGCACAUGAUGACCCUGGUCCGCAGCCGCACCGGCGCGUUCGACCUCGACAUCCUCGCGGCGUGGGCCGUCCUGUCCACGGGCGCGCUGGGGUACAUUGGCAUGAUGCACUGGAGCAGCACGAUGAGGAACAGCCGGGCGAGGAUGGUGAUGAUCCUGUGGGGCGCGUUGGUCGGGAUGGGCUUGAUCUUUGGGAGGGCCCUGUUGUUCGACACCCCGGCCAGUCCGGGUGAGAAGGCGUGUUGGUCGACGACGGCGACGAGCAAUCACUACUACUACGACAGCCACAGUCACAAUCACAACAACAACAAUAAUAAUGCGACGGACGGUUCCGGAUCGAUGGUCCUGUUGACUCAGGUUUACCAGCUACAAGGGUCAGAGUUCAAUUGCACGUACACGUGCUUCGGGAUAACGAAACCCCUGAGGCAGUGGAGCGAGAUCAUGGCCGUUCCUAGCCAGCUCGUCCACGGACGGUACAGCUCGUUGAGUUUUGUCCUCGUCGGGCCUAUUCAGUUUGCCGCGUACGCGGCCGUGAGUGCCGACAGCGCUUCGGAGCACACCCCUAGUGCCCUGUGCACGAGGCUGGUCAUGAAGCACCUGUUGCGUGAUGGUGGGUACGGGCGGGCGGCGGCGGCGGCGGAGGAUUUGACAAAAGUCGUCUACAAGGCCAGUAUGGAGUCGUGGUACGGGGGGUACUUUGUCUUUAUCGGGUACAUUCGACGCGUGCGCUGGUGUUGGCUCAAAGUUCGCUGGGCGAGCGUGUUGUUGCCUUGGUUGGCGCUGAGUUUUGCCAUCGACGUGCUGUGCUUGCCGUUGAUGGUGGCCAAUAUCGUCCUGAAUGAGGUGACGCUGUUGGGUGGUGGGUUUCCGGUCAACGAGGCGAAUAUGAACAUUGGCCAGUGGGGCCCGGUGGUCAGUUCGCUGCUUGUCGUGAUUGCUGCCUGCGUCAAUAAGGGUACAGAGUGGUGGGAGGAGAGAAGGACGAGGAGGAAAAAGUGUAGAGAGUGCGAGCCUGGAGAGGGAGACGUCGUCGUGGAGGAAGUCACCGUGGUUGCAGGGAAGCAUUCAGAUGACGACGAUGAUGGUCAGGUCUUGGGCGUCGUUAAGCCGAAGAUGGUGCAUGUUCACACGUUGCAGGACAUGGAGGAUUUGAGGAGGCCGGGCUGA